UUUAUGAAACAGUACUAAUCUACGUACUGGUCUAGCUGUACUGGCGAUUUAUUUAACCUGAGAAAUCUUCUUGUUCUUACUGGAAACUAUGGCUGUUGCACAACCAAAUAAAAGAAUCCUUUCGAUCCAGAGCCAUGUUGUGUCUGGAUACGUUGGAAACAAGGCUGCAACUUUUCCUAUGCAGAUUCAUGGCUAUGAGGUUGAUACCAUUAACUCAGUGCAAUUAUGCAACCACACUGGGUACAAUGUCUUCCAGGGACAGGUGUUGAACGCCAACGAGUUACGAGUUUUGUCAGAUGGUCUCAAGGCAAAUGAUAUCAACUACUACUCGCAUUUGCUCACAGGUUAUGUUGGGUCCAAGUCUUUCUUGAAGGAAGUCAUCCAAGUUGUGAAGGAACUACGAGAGACAAAUCCAAACAUCAUUUUUGUGUGUGAUCCAGUGAUGGGAGACCAUGGGAAGUUCUACGUUCCUGAGGAGUUGAUGUCAAUUUACAGGGAUGAACUCCUUCCGUUAGCAAACAUGAUUACUCCUAACCAGUUUGAAGCUGAAUUAUUGAGUGGUCAGAAAAUCACUGAUGAAAAGAGUGCGUUGGAUGCCAUGCAGAGGCUACAUGAGAAAGGAGUUCAGACUGUCGUGUUGAGCAGCAUACCAUCGGAAACAAAUGGAAAGCUAGUGUCGUAUGGAACUACAGUUAUAGAUGGAAAGAAGACGGGAUGCAAGAUUGAGUACCCAGCCCUUGAUUGUCAGUUCACUGGAACAGGAGAUCUAUUUUCAGCACUGCUGCUUGUGUGGUCACACAAACAUCCCAGCAAUUUGCAGCUUGCUCUUGAGAAGACGCUGUCGGGGAUGCAGGCCGUAUUGCAGAGAACGCUUACUGAUGCCCAAGGUAUGCUCUUUGCGUUUCUUAUUUCCCAUUUUAUGCCUUUUGAGUUUUCUUGAUAAACAU